UAAUUUCAAUUGUUUUUCAUUUGAUGUAGAAAUAUUUUUGGCCCGACCACGAGGCAUUUAAAUUAAAGUAAAAAAUACUACUUAUUGUGUUACAACUAAAUUAAUUUACAGAAGGAUGGCUAAAAAUACUGAGACGCCGUGUCAUGGCACCAGUAGACUUUUUCUAACAACUCUCGGCGACUUUUUGGAGCGAUACAGCUGCAAAAAGAUUGCGAUACACUAAUGAAUAAUGAUGCACCUAACAACAAGCAAAGAAGUAGCUACUGUAUCGGACGUCGCGAAGCAUUUCAAAGACAAGCAAGCGGCUCUCCGCACCCUGCCGCUACCGGACGAGCUUGCGGGAAUCGUGGAAUCCGUUCUCAUCGAUGAUUCCACGCUGGGGUUUCUGAAGAGGAGCGAGUCCAAGCUGGAGGAUUUGCUGUCGAGAGGAAUGUGCGGCGGGAGACGCCGCCGCCGCAGAAGUCGCUGCCGGCGACGUCGUCGGCGACGUCGCUCAUGCCGUCGCCGCCGUCGCAGCUGCCGGCGUCGGCGACGUCGUCGACGUAGCUGCAAGUGUCGAAAACGGCGACGUACCUAAAUCAUGCGAAUGAUAACCGUUCCUUUAUAUAUAACCCGGAUUCGUCUAUCUUACCUGUAUUAUUUUAUUGUGUAUUUUUUGUUGUAGGUAUGACUUUUUUCUACUAACUAAAUGAUUUAUUUUGAAUUAU